AUGGCCUCCCAACGUUAUAUCCCAGUAGCUCAGCGCAAGCAGAGUGAGCUCAAUGCUGCUAUUCCACAAGAAUGGCGACUGCCAUCAGACCUCAUUCCAGCAGGAAUGUUGUCAAUCGCGAAAUCCGUCUCAGAUCCCAAGUACGAGCGCGUCAGUGUGAUGGACGUUCCCCGCAAAUGCGGUCUCCUCACUUCCCAGGAAUUGGAAUUCACCGAAAAGUUCAACGUGCGAGCAUUAGUUGCAGAGAUGACAGAGGGUCGAGCGAAGGCUGAAGACGUAGUACGGGCAUUUUGCAAGAGAGCAGCCAUUGCUCAACAGCUCACCCGCUGCUUGACCGAGCCAUUGUUCGAUCGCGCCCUGCAACGAGCCCGUGAUCUGGACGACUAUCUACAACGGACAGGCAAGCCAGUCGGCCCUCUCCACGGUCUCCCAGUAUCAGUAAAAGACACAUUCAACAUCCAAGGCGUGGAUUCUAGCAUUGGACUGUCUGCACUCGCAUUCCAGCCAGCUGGGGAAAACGCCCCGCUGGUCGACCUGCUCCAAUCCCUCGGGGCGGUGAUCAUCGCCAAGACAAACAUUCCUCAAACACUUGGUACAUUGGAUAGCGCGAACCAUCUCUUCGGUCGCACCCUCAACCCACUUAACCGCCAAUGGACAGCCGGUGGAAGUACAGGCGGCGAAGGUGCCUUGCUAGCCAUGCGCGGCUCCAUGGUUGGCUUUGGUACCGACAUUGGAGGUAGUAUUCGUGUCCCGGCAAUGUGCCAGGGCCUGUAUAACUUCAAGCCUAGCACUGGUCGUGUGCCAUUUGGUGGCCAGCAAAAUGGCCAGAUCGAGGGCAAGGGACGUAUUGGACUCCAAGCUGUUGCGGGUCCUUUGGCGCGCUCGGUUGCGGACAUCGAUGCCGUUAUGGCGGAGAUCGUGCCUCGCGCGGAGUUAUUUGGUGAAGAUGGUAUUCCGGGUUUGUGGUCUGCUCCGCCCACUUCUCGUAACUUUACUGUCGGGGUUCUGAAAACUGAUGGUUUGGUGACGCCCUUACCGCCGAUUUUGCGUAUUUUGGAUGAGGUUGCUGAAACUCUCCGUCGCACACCUGGUGUCGAGGUUGUUGAAAUUCCUCUUCCGUCGGUUUUGCCUAAAUGUCAAGGCCUUGCGGGUCGGCUAAUGGGCGUCGAUGAUGGAAGUCAUAUGCUCGAUCUCAUCGAGGGAAUGGAUGAGGAUCUAAUUCCUUGGCUACAAGGGCGUUUGAAACGCGGUAAGGCCUUGGACGUGACCCAGCUAGCUAGGCUGCAGGCUCAGCGUGCAGAGGUUGAAAAGGAGAUGAUGAAGAUGUGGACAUUGUCUUCCUCUUCCCCUACUCGACGCGUCGAUGCUAUUAUUUGCCCCAUAGCCCCGCAUCCGGUUCCUGAAAUUGACCGUUAUAAUGCUGUUGGGUGGACUUCGACAUUUGUGUUACUGGACUACCCCGCUGGUGUGGUUCCCGUUCGACCGCUUCAGGAGUCUGAUCUUGAGUCAGGUCGUGCUAUGGAAGAGCCUGUACAGGGCAGUUGGGACAAGGCCAACCGCAAACUAUGGGAUGAAACGACGGUGAAUCGUCGCGUAUAUCUCGGAUCACCUCUCAGUGUCCAGGUCGUUACUCUCAAGCAGCACGAUUACGAGCUCUUCCGGGCCAUGGAGCUUGUUGAUCGCGCUGUGCAGGGCGGGCCCUCACUUACUGCCAAGCUGUGA